AUGAGACAGAAGUACGUCCAUAAUCUGAUUUUGAAGCCAUUAAAUGAUACCUUUGAGACCAAGUACUUGCUUAUACCAUUUAAGCCAGAUGGUAUGAAAUUAGGAAGGCCUGUAGCAAAUUCGAAUUCUACUGGGAAUAAUAAUGGUAAUGGUAGCUCUAAAGGUAUGGCAGGGGACAAUUCAAAACAUUUUAUAUGGGGUAGGUAUCUGGAAUACGGUCAACAUCAAUAUGUGGGUACAGACAAUGGGAAUUUUGAUUCAAGAGUAUUGUCAAGAAAUCAUGCAAUGAUUAGUUGCGAUAAAGAUACAGGAAAAUUAUAUAUUCGAGAUUUAAAGUCUAGCAAUGGUACUUUUUUGAAUGGAAAGAAGAUCAACGAUGUUGAUGUCGAAUUGAAUGUUGGGGAUGUCUUGGAUUUAGGGACCGAUAUUGAUGGGAAAUUAGAACAUAGAAAAAUUAGCGCUUUAGUAGAAGAUAUUAUUAUUGUACCACUAAUUGAUGGCACUUAUAAUCCAAUUGAAGAUGAAACAGAAAAGAAAAGUAAUAUACUAAAUAAUGACCGUCAAGAAGAAAACUUAAAUGUAGUCGCUCAAAGAGCAGCCUUUGAAAGUGCUAUGUUUGGUGAUAUCAACCAAUUAGAAUUAGAAGAUACGAUUUUGAAUAUGGACAAUGAAAUUAUUGGCGGUAUAUAUAUUAAUAAUUCCAUUGGUACAAGUUCUAAAUUGUUAAAAAUAUUGAAAAAGCUGGCUAUUGAAUUAUCAUUAAUUAGAACGGAUUAUAUAAAGCUCCGAUCUGUUGAUAAUUAUUUAAUUAAUUUUACUACAAAUGUCGAAUCUGUUAGAAGGAAAACUGUUGAGCUGAACAAAGAUAGAUUAAAUAUAUUAAAAGAAACUAUGAGUCGACGGCUAAAUGAGAAACAAUCGCAUUUGAUUAAUCAAUAUCGUUCUUCAAUGAAACUUUUGGAAAAGGAGAAGCAUCAAUUGCAGUCUAAAUAUGAUAAACAGCAAGAGCAAGAAGUAGAAAUAUCUGAAAAACUACUGAGAGAAAUAGAUGAUCUAAGCACCAGAUUAGAGGUAGAGACUUAUAGAAAUAAACAACUAAACAAAGAUUUAAUUGAGGCACAACAAAAGAAAGCAAAUACAGAACUUGAAGAGAGAAAUUUAAAAAUUAAAAUCACAACAAUGUCAAUCUUUUGUAUAAUAAUAUCAAUUUGGUAUUAUAAAAAAUACUAUAUAUAA